CAGGGCCUGAGAAGGCGGGGCCUUAAACGUUAUCUAAUCAGGGACGCUGGGCUGGGAACUGUCCAAUCAGGCACAAAGCUGGAGCGGACAGGGCGGCUUCCGGGAUGUGGCUGGGCCUUUGUCUCUCGCUGCCGCCGGAGUUUCCAGGUCUCGACUUCGCUGCUCUGUGUCCUCUGCUCCAGGAGGCCCAGCCUGUGUGGCCCUGUGACCUGCAGGUAUUGGAGAGCCACAGCUAAGACGCCAGGAACCCCUGGAAGCCUAGAAAUGGGACUGUUGACAUUUAGGGAUGUGGCCAUAGAAUUCUCUCCGGAGGAGUGGCAAUGUCUGGACACUGCACAGCAGAAUUUAUAUAGGAAUGUGAUGUUAGAGAACUACAGAAACCUGGCCUUCCUGGGUAUUGCUCUCUCUAAGCCAGACCUGAUUACUUGUCUGGAGCAAGGAAAAGAGCCCUGGAAUAUGAAGCAACAUGAGAUGGUGGAUGAACCCACAGGUAUAUGUCCUCAUUUUCCUCAAGACUUUUGGCCAGAGCAGAGCAUGGAAGAUUCUUUUCAAAAAGUAUUACUGAGAAAAUAUGAAAAAUGUGGACAUGAGAAUUUACAGUUAAGAAAAGGUUGUAAAAGUGUGGAUGAGUGUAAGGUGCACAAAGAAGGUUAUAAUAAACUUAACCAGUGUCUCACAACUGCCCAGAGCAAAGUAUUUCAAUGUGGUAAAUAUUUGAAAGUCUUCUAUAAAUUUUUAAAUUCAAACAGACAUACGAUAAGACAUACUGGAAAGAAAUGCUUCAAAGUAAAAAAUGUGUCAAGUCAUUUUGCAUCCAUUUACAAAACCCAACAUAAAUGCGUUUAUAUUACAGAGAAGUCCUAUAAAUGUAAAGAAUGUGAAAAAACCUUUCAUUGGUCCUCAACCCUUACUAAUCAUACGGAAAUUCAUACUGAAGAUAAACCCUACAAAUGUGAAGAAUGUGGCAAAGCUUUUAAGCAGCUCUCAACCCUUACUACACAUAAAAUAAUUUGUGCUAAAGAGAAAAUCUACAAGUGUGAAGAAUGUGGCAAAGCAUUUCUAUUGUCCUCAACCCUAACUAGACAUAAGAGGAUACACACUGGAGAGAAACCCUACAAAUGUGAAGAAUGUGGCAAAGCUUUUAGCCAUUCUUCAACCCUUGCUAAACAUAAGAGAAUUCAUACUGGAGAGAAACCCUACAAAUGUGAAGAAUGUGGCAAAGCUUUUAGCCGUUCUUCAACCCUUGCUAAACAUAAGAGAAUUCAUACUGGAGAGAAACCCUACAAAUGUAAAGAAUGUGGCAAAGCUUUUAGCAAUUCCUCAACCCUUGCUAAUCAUAAGAUAACUCAUACUGAAGAGAAACCCUACAAAUGUGAAGAAUGUGACAAAGCUUUUAAGCGACUCUCAACCCUUACUAAACAUAAAAUAAUACAUGCUGGAGAGAAACUCUACAAAUGUGAAGAAUGUGGCAAAGCUUUUAAUCGAUCUUCAAAUCUUACUAUACAUAAGUUUAUUCAUACUGGAGAGAAACCUUACAAGUGUGAAGAAUGUGGCAAAGCAUUUAACUGGUCCUCAAGCCUUACUAAACAUAAAAGAUUUCAUACUAGAGAGAAACCCUUCAAAUGUAAAGAAUGUGGCAAAGCAUUUAUAUGGUCUUCAACCCUAACUAGACAUAAGAGGAUACACACUGGAGAGAAGCCCUACAAAUGUGAAGAAUGUGGCAAAGCUUUUAGGCAAUCCUCAACCCUUACUAAACAUAAGAUAAUUCAUACUGGAGAGAAACCCUACAAAUUUGAAGAAAAUGGCAAAGCUUUUAGACAAUCCUUAACCCUUAAUAAACAUAAGAUAAUUCAUAGUAGAGAGAAACCCUACAAAUGUAAAGAAUGUGGCAAAGCUUUUAAGCAAUUCUCAACCCUUACUACACAUAAAAUAAUUCAUGCUGGAAAGAAACUCUACAAAUGUGAAGAAUGUGGCAAAGCUUUUAAUCAAUCCUCAAGUCUUUCUACACAUAAGAUAAUUCAUACUGGAGAGAAGUCUUACAAGUGUGAAGAAUGUGGCAAAGCAUUUCUAUGGUCCUCAACCCUAAGAAGACAUAAGAGGAUACACACUGGAGAGAAACCCUACAAAUGUGAAGAAUGUGGCAAAGCUUUUAGCCAUUCUUCAGCCCUUGCUAAACAUAAGAGAAUUCAUACUGGAGAGAAACCCUACAAAUGUAAAGAAUGUGGCAAAGCUUUUAGCAAUUCCUCAACCCUUGCUAAUCAUAAGAUAACUCAUACUGAAGAGAAACCCUACAAAUGUAAAGAAUGUGACAAAACUUUUAAGCGACUCUCAACCCUUACUAAACAUAAAAUAAUACAUGCUGGAGAGAAACUCUACAAAUGUGAAGAAUGUGGCAAAGCUUUUAAUCGAUCUUCAAAUCUUACUAUACAUAAGUUUAUUCAUACUGGAGAGAAACCUUACAAGUGUGAAGAAUGUGGCAAAGCAUUUAACUGGUCCUCAAGCCUUACUAAACAUAAAAGAAUUCAUACUAGAGAGAAACCCUUCAAAUGUAAAGAAUGUGGCAAAGCAUUUAUAUGGUCUUCAACCCUAACUAGACAUAAGAGGAUACACACUGGAGAGAAGCCCUACAAAUGUGAAGAAUGUGGCAAAGCUUUUAGCCGUUCCUCAACCCUUAAUAAGCAUAAGACAAUUCAUACUGGAGAGAAACCCUACAAAUGUAAAGAAUGUGGCAAAGCUUUUAAGCACUCCUCAGCCCUUGCUAAACAUAAAAUAAUACAUGCUGGAGAGAAACUCUACAAAUGUGAAGAAUGUGGCAAAGCUUUUAAUCAAUCUUCAAAUCUUAUGACACAUAAGAUAAUUCAUACUAAAGAGAAACCUUCCAAGAGUGAAGAAUGUGACAAAGCAAUUAUCUGGUCCUCAACCCUUACUGAACAUAAGAGAAUUCAUACCAGAGAGAAAACCUACAAAUGUGAAGAAUGUGGCAAAGCAUUUAGCCAGCCUUCACACCUUACUACACAUAAGAGGAUGCACACUGGAGAGAAACCCUACAAAUGUGAAGAAUGUGGCAAAGCUUUUAGCCAAUCCUCAACCCUUACUACACAUAAGAUAAUUCAUACUGGAGAGAAACCCUACAAAUGUGAAGAAUGUGGCAAAGCUUUUAGGAAAUCUUCAACUCUUACUGAACAUAAGAUAAUUCAUACUGGAGAGAAACCCUACAAAUGUGAAGAAUGUGGCAAAGCAUUUAGCCAAUCCUCAACCCUAACUAGACAUACGAGGAUGCACACUGGAGAGAAACCAUACAAAUGUGAAGAAUGUGGCAAAGCUUUUAAUCGAUCCUCAAAGCUUACUACACAUAAGAUAAUUCAUACUGGAGAGAAACCUUACAAGUGUGAAGAAUGUGGCAAAGCAUUUAUAUCAUCCUCAACCCUAAAUGGACAUAAGAGAAUUCAUACUAGAGAGAAACCCUACAAAUGUGAAGAAUGUGGCAAAGCAUUUAGCCAAUCUUCAACCCUAACUAGACAUAAGAGGUUGCACACCGGAGAGAAACCCUACAAAUGUGGAGAAUGUGGCAAAGCCUUUAAAGAGUCCUCAGCUCUUACUAAACAUAAGAUAAUUCACACUGGAGAGAAACCCUACAAAUGUGAAAAAUGUGGCAAAGCCUUUAACCAGUCUUCAAUCCUUACUAACCAUAAGAAAAUUCAUACUAUCACGCCUGUAAUCCCAGCACUUUGGGAGGCCGAGGCGGGCGGAUCACGAGGUCAGGAGAUCGAGACCAUCCUGGCUAACACAGUGAAACCCCGUCUCUACUAAAAAAUACAAAAAAUUAGCCGGGCAUGGUGGCAGGCGCCUGUAGUCCCAGCUAUGCGGGAGGCUGAGGCAGGAGAAUGGCGUGAACCCGGGAGGGCGGAGCUUGCAGUGAGCUGAGAUCGCGCCACUGCUCUCAAGCCUGGGCGACAGAGCGAGACUCCGUCUCAAAAAAAAAGAAAAUUCAUACUAGAGAGAAACCCUACAAAUAUAAAGAAUGUGGCAAAUCUUUUAACCGGUCUUCAACCUUUACUAAACAUAAGGUAAUUCAUACUGGAGUAAAACUCUACAAAUGUGAAGAAUGUGGCAAAUCCUUUUUCUGGUCCUCAGCCCUAACCAGACAUAAGAAAAUUCAUACUGGACAGCAACCCUACAAACAGGAAAAAUUUGGCAAAGCCUUUAACCAGUUUUCACACCUUACUACAGAUAAGAUAACUCAUAUUGAAGAGAAAUCUUACAAGUGUGAAUAAUGUGGUAAAGUCUAUAAAAAGUCCUGAAUUCUUAACAGACAUAAGAUUAUUCAUACUGGAGAGAAACUCUACAAACCUGAAAGAUGUGCCAACGCUUUUGACACGUCAAACUUUUCUAAACAUCAAGAAAAUCAUGCUGCUGAGAAAUCCUAGAAAUGUGAAGAAUGUGACAAAGCCUCUAAAUGAUUGUCACACUUGAUCGUAGGUAAGAUAAUUCAUACUGGAGAAAACUACCAGUGUGAACAAUGUGGCCAAGCUUUGAACCAAUGCUCACACCUUAAUGCAUAGGAAAGCAUUUAUACUUGAGAAAAAGUGAACAAAUAUAGACAAAAAGCCAUUAAUACCUGCUCACAUCGUACUCAAAAUCAGAGCGUUCAUACUAAAUAAGAAGUGUAAUUACUGUCAAACGAUUGAUCAGAAAAUAUGUCUUUAAAGUACAGAAGAGUAUUUAUUUUGAAAAAGCAUUACAAAUAUGAAGAGGCAUUAUUUAUGACCUUUUCUAUGGAAAGGUAAGGACAUUAAAAAUGUAAGAUGCAUGAUGAAAAUUUAAGUAGAGAGGAUCUUUAUGUGGUUAACUUAUAAUAUCGAGUGAUGCAUGAGGUAGGUGUUCAGAUUAAUAUUCUGCAUUAUUAUGAAAGAAAAACAUUCUUAAUUUUAGUUAAAGUUUAGUAUGAUUUAUUGUAUUUUUAUGAAAUAUAUGCAGCAUAUUUUUAAAUUAUAAAUUGCAUGUGAACUUUUCAACUAAACAGUUUUAACAUGUUAAAUACUAUCAUGAAUUCAAUGAAGUGUUAUUAUGCCAGUAACUUUAACCUAUUCCACCUUACUCAAGGGUGUAGGUAAAAGAUGGUAAAAAUACACUAUUUGGUAAGAUAA